AUGGUGGUUUCCAGACAGAAGGCACAAUUGGCAAGCAAGCUGGACGCUGUGCAUACCAGAUGGUUCGAAUUAUCGGCCAACGAGGAGAACGUCACCGUGUUUCGUCUCACUCAAUUCUUCCAGACGGUAACCCGCGUCUUAGAGCUGACUGAGGCGCUCAGCGACAAGACAGCGGAAGCUGAAAUGAACGUCCUCAAGUCGGAUCUGCAGAGUAUGCUGAAUCUCAUAUCUAGCGGGCCGGACAGUUCAGGCGAGACGAAACCACUACCGAAGAGUAUCCGCACCGCUUUGUUGAAGCUGGCGUCGCAACCGCAGGUCGAAAGCGUCCGCGCGCAAAUCAUGGCCAUUAUCAACGAGGAGCAGCCUGAAGUCGUCGCCCUCGAUUUCGAAUCGUUGCCGGAAGGUACAUGGAAAGAGGGCACGGAAGAGUACGCUACCCUCACCCUGGACAAGGCUUGGGAACACCUUGGCCUCGGGAGCAUCAAGAGGAUCCCGGGAUUUGCGGAAAAGCUGGAUCUGAACGACACAUACGACCCAUGGUCAAUUGAAGGACUGGAGGUCUUGAGGAGUGAAGAGGCUGUUCCACUUGAGCUCAAGUGGCAUCAGGUCAUCGGCGUCAUCAAGCUCGUGGACAAUCUGCUGGCAGGGAAGCCGGUCCUUCUCAUGGACGAAGUCGGGAUCGGGAAGACCAUGCAGGCCGUCGCCUUCUGCCUGUACUACGAUUACAUGCGGCAAUACUUCGACGAACAUGGCCAUUUCCCGGGGAAAUGGCGAGAUGUGAAAUACAAGGGGGGGGAGUCAAACCUUCCAGACCUCCCCAUGGUGAUAUGCAUGCCAGCGGCCCUCCAUCCCCAAUGGCAGACAGAGAUUCGACGGUACGUACAGCAGGGAUGGGUGGAUCUCCUCCCUUACACAGGGACGCACAAGUCGCGGUCCAAGUGGUGGGACGACGUGUAUGCGAAGUCGCAUCACUCGCCCUCGCGUCGUAUUAUUUUGGCGACGCAUACGGCCAUGAGCUCAGACAGUGAAGUGGCGUUUCGCCUUGCCGAUAAGAAGAUGCGGGACGCGCGGAAACACGGAGACGUGCGCGAGAAGGGCAGAUAUCGCGCAAGCACCCUGUACGGGCACAAAUUCGGAGUUUUCGCGCUGGAUGAGUCGCACGUCGUGCGAACCUUGAACACGAUAUACACAGCGGCGCGCCAGCUCCGUAUCCAGAGCGAGACGAUGGUGGCGUUGACGGCGACGCCAGUGAUGACGAAGGCCACGGUAAGCCGUCAUUUUGGCUUUAGGUACCUCAAUGACUGA